CUUCCCGACCUCGCUCUCCCUCCUCGCGCUUUCCUGCACCAGGCACACAAAACCCUCGCUCCAGAGGCACACGCAAGGCCUAACCAACGGCUGUAACUGUCGUCAGUCGUCACCACUGUUGCCGCCCCUUAAAUAUCCCAAAAGACCACCCCAAGCCCAAAAACGCAAGCAAAACGCAGCGCAGACACACUCCGUCCACACAAACACGCGAGCAGCGGGCGAGCAUCCAGAGGUCAAGCAUUUCCCCAGUGCCUGGCUGGAAUCGGAGCUUCAAGCUAUCUGCGUCCACACUCGUCGAGUAUUCCGGCCAUGGCCGUGGCGGAGCCGUCAAGAACAGGGCCGCCGCCUCGCGUCUUCCUCCUCGUCUUCGCCAUCCUUCUCACGGCCACAGCAGAUGAGGCGGUGGCAGCCGGAGGCCUAUCGAUCGGGAUCAACUACGGGCAGAUCGCGGACAACCUCCCUUCGCCGUCCCGCGUGUCCAUGCUCCUCCGGUCGAUGCAGGUGAGCAAAGUGAAGCUCUACGACGCCGACCAGAAUGUGCUGAGCGCGUUCCUCGACACGGGUGUGGAGUUCGUCAUCGGCAUCGGCAACGAGAACGUGUCGGCGAUGGUGGACCCGGCGGCCGCGCGGGCGUGGGUCCAGCAGCACGUCCGGCCGUACCUCCCGAGCACGCGCAUCACCUGCAUCACCGUCGGGAACGAGGUGUUCAAGGGCAACGACACCGACCUCAAGGACAGCCUCCUGCCGGCGAUGAAGUCCGUGUACCAGGCGCUCGGCGCGCUGGGCCUGCAGGGGCAGGUGAACGUCACCACGGCGCACUCCCUGGACAUCAUGGGCAGCUCCUACCCUCCGUCCGCCGGCGCGUUCCGGCCGGACGUCGUCCCGUACAUCCAGCCGCUCCUCGACUUCCUGUCGGCGGCGAGGUCCCCGUUCCUCAUCAACUGCUACCCGUACUUCGCCUACAAGGACGACCCCACCGGCGUGCCGCUGGAGUACGUGCUCUUCCAGCCCAACGCCGGGGUGACGGACCCGACCACGGGGCUCAACUACGACAACAUGCUGUACGCCCAGGUGGACUCGGUGUACGCCGCGGUCCAGGCGCUGGGCCACACCGACGUGGACGUGAAGAUCUCCGAGACCGGGUGGCCGUCCAAGGGCGACCCCGACGAGGCCGGCGCCACGCCGCAGUACGCCGGGAUCUACAUCGGAAACCUGCUGCGGAGGAUAGAGACGAAGCAAGGGACGCCGCUGAGGCCGGCGGUGCCCAUAGAUGUCUACGUCUUCGCGCUCUUCAACGAGAACCUCAAGCCGGGGCCGGCCUCCGAGCGGAACUACGGGCUCUUCUACCCCGACGGCACGCCGGUCUACAAUGUCGGCCUGCGCGGCUACCUCCCGCCGAUGGAUGAAUCGGACGCCACGCGGACGGCGAUUCACUUCUUGGCGCUCAUCGCCUUGGCAUUUGUCACCCUCGUCUUAUCCUGAGAGUAUAUACUGCUGACCACUGCAGACUGCAGUAAAGCGAGCAAAGAUGUUGAGCCUGAGCAUCUUUAGUUAAACCCAAAGCCCGAGCAUCUUUUGCUGCUAGGGAUUUCACUGGUAGAUCACAAGGAUGCUCGUGAUCAUCAGAAACGCACAGCUAGCCCUGGCAAAUCACUCUUGUCAUUUCGGCAGCAUACAGGAGCUGUAGCUGUUAACUCCAUACAUACAUACAUACUGAGAAUGAAGUUUAACUAACUGCUUGGGCCAUACAUACAUACUGAGAAUGAAGUUUAACUAACUGCUUGGGCAUGAUAGAUGGCCAAUAUUUGUACAAACAACAAUCAUUUAAUAGGAUUCCUCUUGAUUCAUUCUGGACAUAUCUUCUCUGUACAUGAAGCUGUAUAGUAUUUGUACAUAGGACAAAAAUAUUCAGGACAAGGCUGCCAAUUUGUCA